AUGAGGUGCUUCCUUCGCUCCGGAGCACCGCUCUUGUUACUAGUCCUGCAAUUGCAACUGCUUGGUGCACCCACACCUGCAGUCGGCCAAAAGGUGCAACCACGCAUCGUGGGCGGCACCACCACCACCCAGUCCGCAGUGGGCGGCUACGUGCUGAACCUGCGCUACGAUGGCUCCUUCUAUUGCGGCGGCUCCCUGGUGACCUCCAUGUACGUGGUGACGGCGGCGCACUGCCUUAGCGGCUACAAGGCCUCCCGGAUGACCGUCCAGGGCGGAGUGAGCAAGCUCACCCAGAGGGGCGUUGUCCGCGGCGUGGCCAAGUACUUCAUUCCGGCCAGCUUUAGAAACUCUACUCUCAACAUGGACGUGGGAGUGAUCCGGCUGCAGAGAGCCAUGACGGGCAGCAACAUCCGGACCAUAUCCCUCUGCAGGGUGCAGUGGCGCUCUGGCGACUACAUGCGCGUCUCCGGCUGGGGAAUCACGCGCUCCAAGAACACCAGUCCGUCCACCCAGCUGCGUACAGUGCGGAUCAAGCUCAUUCGGAAGAACGUCUGCCAGGCGGCCUACCAGUACCGGGACACCCUGUCCGGGUCCACCUUCUGUGCCCGGUCCGCCGGCAAGGACAGUUGCUCCGGUGACUCGGGCGGCGGGGUGAUCUACAAAAAGCAGCUCUGCGGCAUCGUCUCCUGGGGCCUGGGCUGCGCGAACGCCAAGUAUCCCGGUGUCUACACCAGUGUCCAUAGGGCGCGCAGCUUCAUCGUGAGCUCCAUGAAGAAGUGA